AUGGGCGUAGGAAGAUCGAUUAAGGCCUGUAAAUUGAUGCUAAAGUUUAUUAGACCCUUCCAGAUCUUAUCAAGAGUUGGCCUAGUAGCUUACAGAUUGGCCUUACCUCCUAAUCUGAGCCAAAUUCAUGAUGUCUUCCAUGUUUCUCAGUUGAAGAAAUAUCAGCCAGAUCCCUCAUAUGUUUUGAAAUAUGAUGACAUAGAGCUGCAAGAUAACCUCACUUUUGAGGUGAAACCAGUGAAGGUGAUAGAUCAACAGAUUAAGCAGCUACGGAAUAAGACUAUUCCUAUUGUAAAAGUUAUUUGGAGGGAUCUAACUCAAGAAGAGGCUAUAUGGGAAAAAGAGAACAACAUAAAGGCCAGAUACUCAUAA